CAGUGGUGAGGUCAACCUAAGUGAGUAAGAGUCAAGGGGAUAGGCUGUGUCAUUUCCACCAUGGCUGGGACAAAGGAGCUUCUGGUGCUGGAAAACUUCAUAGGUGGAAAAUUUCUACCUUGUAAUUCAUAUAUUGAUUCUUAUGAUCCAUCAACAGGAGAAGUCUACUGCAGAGUACCAAACAGUGGGAAAGAAGAGGUGGAAGCUGCCGUGAAAGCGGCCACAGCUGCCUUUCCCGCCUGGUCCUCACGGAGCCCCCAGGAGCGCUCGCAGGUGCUGCUGCAGCUGGCACAUUUGCUGGAACAGUCUCUAGAAGAGUUUGCUCAGGCAGAGUCCAAAGACCAAGGAAAAACCAUAACAAUGGCAAGGACUGUGGACAUUCCCCGCUCCGUGCAGAACUUCCGAUUCUUUGCCUCUUCCAUCCUGCAUCACACGUCGGAGUGCACCCAGAUGGACCACAUGGGCUGCAUGCACUACACCGUGCGGAUGCCUGUGGGAAUCGCUGGUCUGAUCAGUCCCUGGAACCUGCCACUCUACUUGCUGACUUGGAAGAUCGCUCCUGCAAUUGCUGCAGGCAAUACCGUGAUAGCCAAGCCCAGCGAGCUGACUUCCGUGACUGCAUGGAUGAUGUGCAAGCUCCUGGGAAAAGCAGGUGUUCCUCCAGGAGUGGUAAAUAUUGUGUUUGGAACAGGGCCCACGGUAGGUGAGGCCCUGGUGUCCCAUCCAGAGGUCCCCCUCAUUUCCUUCACCGGGAGCCAGCCCACCGCCGAGAGGAUCACACAGCUGAGUGCUCCCCACUGCAAGAAGCUCUCUCUGGAGCUGGGGGGCAAGAACCCGGCCAUCAUCUUUGAGGAUGCCAACCUGGAGGAAUGUAUUUCGACCACUGUCAGGUCCAGUUUUGCCAACCAGGGUGAAAUCUGCCUCUGUACCAGCAGGAUCUUUGUCCAGAAGAGUAUCUAUAGUGAAUUUUUAAAGAGGUUUGUGGAAGCUACCAGAAUGUGGAAAGUGGGCAUUCCCUCCGAUCCAUCGGCCAGCAUGGGAACUCUGAUAAGUAAAGCUCAUUUGCAGAAAGUCAGAAGUUACAUCAAGAGAGCUCUAACCGAGGGGGCCCGUAUUCUGUGUGGUGAGGGAGUGGACACAUUGACUCUCCCUGCCAGGAACCAGGCAGGCUACUUUAUGCUUCCCACGGUGAUAACAGACAUAAAGGAUGAAUCCUCCUGCAUGAAGGAAGAGAUAUUUGGUCCAGUGACGUGUAUCGUCCCCUUUGACAGUGAAGAGGAAGUGAUUGAAAGGGCCAACAGUGUGAAAUAUGGGCUGGCAGCAACAGUGUGGUCCAGAGAUGUGGGGCGUGUUCACCGAGUGGCUAAGAAGUUGCAGGCAGGUUUGAUCUGGACCAACUGCUGGCUCAUCAGAGAGCUGAACCUUCCUUUUGGAGGAAUGAAGAGUUCUGGAGUGGGUAGAGAAGGAGCCAAGGACUCCUAUGAAUUUUUCACUGAAGUUAAGACCAUUACUGUUAAGCAUUGACCUUGGUCCGGUGAAACAUUGUGAUUGUCAUUGCCUGGCUGUAGAGAAUCAGUUGUCCAAUGUGCUAAAGGGAAAUGCUGGCAUAAAUUCUAAUUUCAUCUUGACUCAGCAUAAGAUUAUCUCUAGUUGAUCCUCAGUAGUUAGUAUUUUUAGCCAGUGUUGAAGAGAUGCUAUUUUCAAUGUGGAGUGAAAGAAGAGAAGUCUUCUGAAUUGAAAAACACAAAAUAGCAACCAAGUAAUUGUCAGACUCUGUUUCCAUGUUGCACCUUCAAAACAUUUUUAAAAUCAUUUUGAUUAAAUUCUUGGAAAGCUACAGAUAACCAAUAUGUGUAAAAUAAAUCUACAAAACCAAAGAAAAACAAAUCAUGAUUUCUCACCUUUGGGGCAACUGUCAAGAUGAUUUCGACAUCCAUCAACCACUAGCCUGGUUAGUUGACAAUUGAGUGAACCUCAUUAUGCAAAGAACAUGGAAAUUACCAAAAAAGACACAUAUGUAUCUGUACACAGAUAAAGAAAAAUGAAAUAAAUACUACUUUUCAGAGAAAGCUCGGAUUAAGGAAACAGUUUGAUUCAUUCCUACACAGAGUCUAUCAGUUUCAGUUCUUAAUGUGUAUAUCUCAUGAGAUUUAUAAUUUACUAAUCCUAAAAGAAUAAAUAAUUUUAGUAACCAGUAUGACAUAAACUCUUCUUAAAGUGGCCUUUAUUCUUCCUUACUCCCACGCUCU